CUCCCGUUCAAGGGCUCCUUCAUGCGCGCCGGUGCCUCCCAGAUUCACCUCAUGGAGCUCCCCUCCCCAGACCCUGAGGAGGGGCGCCCUGAGCACGGCGGACGGUACGUCUCACCUUUUCUCUUCUCCUUGCCUUGCCUUUCCUUUACUUCCACCCCGCUUGCUCACCCGCAUUUUCCCCAUCCGCGUUUAUAGGGACCGCCAUGUGGCCGUCACCGUCAGAGACUUAGAGCCACUAAUCGCCUCGCUCGAGCGCCAUCACCAGCCGUUCACGUUUAGCAAGAGCGGGAGACGCGCUGUUUUCACGAGGGAUUUGGACGCGAACGCCAUAGAAUUUAUCGAGGAUCCUUCUGCAGAAUAGCCUGCCCUUUCCACACGCCCCGCGCCUAGCCUGUCACUCUUUCGCACUUCCGCUGGAGCACUACCGCUCCCCACCGUCCUGCACUCGCCAGCUGUUCGCGCGUGCAGUAUUGCCCACGGUCUGUUUUCUGCGCCACUCGUACUUCAACGAGGCGGCGCAUUGUCUCUGCGCCAAUGAAUCAGCCCUUCAUACCUCAUGCACCUCGUGCCCAGGGCACGCACGCCUUCGCUCCAACGCGCCGGUCAAUCUGCUUGCGCUAGAUACAUCGAAGCCUACGCAUUCGCACAGACAUCGCGUAAGUUCAGCGCUGCUUUCCGCGCUGAAGCAAGCACUCGUGUUGUGGGAGUUAGUUCCUCGUGAUGAACCCAUUUUAAUUUUCCAGGUUUAUUAGCGUAGCUGUUUAUUCUCAGCUCAACGCUUAUUGCAACAGGGGGGCAUGCGUCGAGACUAACCUAGUCGAGUGCAUUGGAACGCAGAUAGUUAAUUUAUAUAAAGAGGUGUGGGUAUAAUCAUUACGUACCGUAGAUACAAAGCCCAAACAGGGGUUGUCGGCGCGAUGUCCGCAUCUCGAGUUGAGAUAUCAAGUGUUUCAAAGCCCGAGUGGCAGGGCGGUGCAUUGAGACAAACGCGCCAUCGUAUUAGGCUUGUUGUAGUGGCGCACCUUGCGAUUCUAUACGUGAGGAUUCCUUUUCGCUGUCGCCAUAAUUUUUCCUCCAACAGAUGAUUUCCAUCAUUUGAAAAAAGGACUGUACAGGCAGCGACUUACAUCAAUAAAUCCGUUUUCUGGCAACCUUUGAAGGCCGACGCUGUUUGCACUGCUGCGAAGAAAGAGAACACAGGAGUGUACUGUCCUCCUGUAACAGUCGCGCAAGGCAGGGGGAAAUGGAGAGCAGCGCGAGACGCAACGUGCAUGACUGUAUAGUUGUCUGCGAGGGAGGGAAUUGCGUGGCGUAUACGACGUGCAUCCACGCGGUCUGGUAUUAUAAAUCGGUAUGGAGAUGGAAGCAGGUGUGCCCCUUCGCUGAUGUUGUCAUUGUCGUAGUCAAGCUUUGCGGCCGAGCUGCGGCGUCUGAAAGACGCGCAGCACAAGCGGUCGCCGACACAGCACCCUCCGCGGCUGCUGGUGCUGGUCGGCAUCCCAGGUAUGCCUCUAGCGCCCGCGAAGACGCACGGCAAGCGCGAAAACGGUUAGCACGCAUCCGGCUACUGACCACGAAGUGUGCACCAUGCGCAGGCUCGGGCAAAUCGACAUUUGCCAGCGAAUUAAAUCAGCUCGGCUUCCAAGUAAUCUGCCAGGAUGAGCUCGGCAACCGGAUAGCGUGCGAGCGCGCGACGGUAGGCGCGCUGCUGGCGGAGAAGAACGUCGUGAUUGACCGGUGCAACUUUGACGCCAAGCAGCGCAAGCACUGGGUCGACUAUGGGCGCGCUAACGGGGCGGAGAUAGGGGUCAUCGUGUUCGGCACGUCGCUGGAGGAGUGCAAGAAGCGCGUAAGGGAGCGGACGAAUCACAAGACGUUGCUGCCGGGCGUGAACAAUGACGCGAUCGUGACGGGCAUGUCUAGGAAGUUUGUGUUUCCGAAUGAGGAGGAGGGGUUCGGGUUUUGUCGCGUGGUUCGCAGCGCGACGGAUCGGGCGAGGGUGAUGGAGGAGAUUGAGAAGUGGGUGAUACGGACGAGGGAGUGAAAGAUGAUUGAGGGCGGUUUAUUCAGGGGGAAGUGGAAACGGGAUAUCAAUCCUCAGUGUCCAUGGCGUCUGGGUCGGGUUUGGAGACGGCCGGAGUUGAGGCAGACGACUUGGAUUUGGACUGGCUCGGCGCAUUCUUAGUGCUGAGGAACUGGCCGUAGUACUCGGACUUGACGUCGUAGAUCAUGACGUGUAGGUAUAUUUGUGGAAGCGGGGGACGGCGAAGAGAAGUUGAAGCUUGUUGAUGGAAACGGAGAAGGAGCGGACGGGUGCCGGCGUGCUGCCGACAUCCCGUUUUAUUUCUCCAUGGCAAAUCAGACAGCGUCUGUACACGCAAUACAGCAAUGUAGAGAGACGAGCGGAUCAAAGCAUUUGACUGUAAACAACUAUUGAAAGCUUACAGAU